CUCAGCUGAACGCAGCCGUCCCUCUAUCGCUCCAGUGUAAGUCUGGUGUCAUCGGCCCUGACCACGACAAAUGGCGACCCGGCGGAUGCCAGCGCCUCAUCCACAGCGCCAUUGGCAGACGCCAAGUAGGCCGGGAAGUGACGCAGCAGGCCGAAAUGCGCAUUCUGCAUGAGAGCAGUGAGAACCUCGCUGAUUUCCACCUUCUUGAGCUCUGGUGUGUUGUUGAUGACGUCCAUGAUGAAGUCCAUCUGCACGUUGCCGAAUCGGUCGUGGACGCAGUAGGGGGUGCUCAAGGUCAGUUGCUUGAUAGGCGGGAGGCGGGCGGCGAGCUCGGGUGUCGCAAAGAGGUGGUAGAUGGGGGACCUGUGCAACAGGCCCGCCCCGACCGCACCAGCUGGUGGAACGGGCCAUGUGUUGGGGAAGAAUGCCAGCACCAGCUCGUCCACAUGGCCGCUGGCGUCAAGACACUCGAGUGUCAGCUGCGCGAGGAGGCCGGGGGCGGCCUCACGGGGCGGCGGCUGGCCCGUGCCGUAGCUUGUGUCGUAUCGGCUGGGGAAAUCCGUGAGCGUGACGGUGAUCUUCUCGAGUUGUCCCUUGGUCGCCGCGAGCAGCUCCCUCACCCCGCCCUCUCUGAGCAGGUGGAAGGACGGGAACUUGAAGAGAACACGCUUGCUCAGGGAGGGGAAGCGGCUGUACGGGACCGCUGGGACCGACGGCAGCACGCCGCUGGUGACGGGAACGGCGACAGACUCAUGAAUGGUCAGCUCGGUCAGCGACUCGAACACGUAGUCGCCGAAGCUGCCGCGGGCAGCCGCCGAUGCCGUGCUCGACACCGCCUUGACCUCCAUUGACUCGGCCACCCGAGCCAUCUCGCGGACGAUCUUCUUGGGCAGCACGUCGGAGGCCGUCAGGGGGAGACGCAGCAGGUUGUCGUCAAAUUCAGAGGGGACAUAGACGAGCAGCUUGAAGGGCCGCUGGGUGGGCUGCCUGUCGGCCAUCUCGCCACUCGCAUCGUUGUCAUCGUCAGCUCUGGAAACCAUGUUGGGGAAGAGGGGCGCCCUCCUCCCACCGCCCACAGGCGGCUCGCAUGCAGCUGCCGCACUCGAAAACGAAGGGGCCGCGCCGCUGCUGCCCGCCUGGUGGUGUGGCUGGCUGAUCACGUUGGUCAUGAUAUGGUCCUCCCACGAUGCGAUGGGGAUGGCCGUCACGUGGGUGUCGGCAGCCGAUACGCCCACACCGGCAAAGCGUUGGAUGGCCGUGUCAAGGGCUCGCAGGCUGGUGAGAAUACCAUCCGGCUCCAUGCCCUCCACAGCAAAGUACACGCCGAGUGUGUCGAUGCGGCCGUUGCGUCCGAUGGCCCCCUUGGUCUCCAGCACACUCAGCAGCGGCUGCCAGUCCGAGUCGUCCGUCGUCAGAAGGAUGCAGCCGAGCGAGGUCAGGUUGGCCAGGGAGGGGGCGGCCGACAGAGCUGAUGGCAGGUAGUGAAGAGGGAGGUUUAUCAUGUGCAGGUGGGUGAGGUGGGGCGACGCCCCGAUCCACCUCAUGACGUACUGGGGCGCAAUGAGAAUGCUGACGAACGUCUUGAGGCUGGGAAGGG